AAGGUGCAUGAAUUCAUAUAGCAACUGUGCUGUUAUUUGUAGGUGGUGACAGGACGGCAGCCACAGCCACUCAGAAGUGAUGACUGGAAUAUGAAGAUGAAAUAUGACUUUGUGAGGAAAUCCUGAUGGAAGAUCUGCACAGAAUGACAGCAUGUCUUAUAUAAGUUCAAGGAGUUGGAGGCGAGGACGUUGUGCCUCAGCAGCGAGGAGUCUCUCAUCUAAUCAUGCACUGAGGCCCCUGGUUCCCGCCCUCUGCCUGGUGGUCCUGGUGAUAUAUGGCCUGGCUGACAGACUCCGAAACUUUGUGGCCGGCAUCUUCAUCCCUCAGUACCAUUACCCCUACGCCGUGGCUCUGUGCUUUGGCCAGGUUCUGAUCUCCUUGUCAGUCUUAAAUCUCCUCCACGUCCUGGGUCUGGUGCCUCUGAAGCAUUACUCCAGGUCUCUGGGUGAGAGGGUGUUGGUGCCAGCUAUCUGUAGCAGCAUCCACGCCGUGCUGGCUACGUGGGCCCAAGCCAACAGUGCGUAUUCCGGCCUCUUCCCCACCACUCUGCCCCUGAUGCCCCUGAUAACUGUCGGCUUUAGUUUUGCACUGAAGCUGACAUCUCUGCCCUCUCUCCACAUCUCUGUUCUGAUCUCCAUCCUGACUGGGACUUCUCUCGUCGCCACAGUGUCCAAAGGUCUCUCAGUUGUUGAUCCUCUGGAAUACAUGUAUGCACCUCUGGCUUUAAUCCUCCACGGUCUCUCUCUGACCUGGCUGGCCAAAGUGUCUGAAGCUGAGCACCCCCACUCCCCUGAUGCCCAAGCGUCCAUUUUUGACAUCUACUACGCCCAGCUGGUGAACCAGAGCUGGGUGCUGGGCCUCCUGUGGCUGCUGCACCCAGACAGGCCCUGGCAGGUUCUGAGUCGGGGCAGCUGGCACAGUUUGCUCUUCCAUGGAUACCUGCUCGCCAUCCUCCUGCUGGGGAUGGUACUGAACUUCCUCGUCAGUAUCUCGGCUCUAUGUGUCUCGCCGCUUUCUGCUGCACUGCUCCACUCAGCACGGCAGGUGGUGCAGCCGUUCCUUCUUCUGUAGUUUCACUUUAAAGGACUGAACCAGUGAAACACAUUCACAUCACUGCCAACAGUGUUUUUUUUAUUUUUUUAAUCUAUGGAGUAAAAAAGUUGCUUUUUUAACUUUAUACAUUUAUACGUCCAUGUAGUGGCCCUGGGGACAUUCCACUAAACCCAGAAGGACAAUUCAGAUAACACAAGGGGAGGGGCAACUUGUCUUGUUUGUUAUUGGACAGAACCCAAGUCUGAAUGACAGUUCAAUGUCAGUACUGCUGCUGUGUUUGGACCCUCAGGGCCACUACACUCAUGACCUGUGCUACUCAGGCAUGUGCAUAUUUUCAGCUAAGAUAAAAUGCAGAAUGAGUAAUUGUAACCAGCAUGAGAAAACACCACAUAAUAAGCUAUUGAUUUAUCCUUGGGUCUAAAAGUGUUGAGACCAGUUAGCCUUCUUCUUAAUUCUGGAAAAGUAAUUUCUGUACAGGACAGGACACCGUGUACCGAAUCAUCCCACGACUAAACCACAUGAACGAUUAACAGACUGUGAAUGUAAUGUGACAAAGAAUUUAGAGAAGGUGACACCAAAAUAUCACAAAAAAAACAUUUGGUUUCUAAUGUAUAUUUAUGAAAAACUGACCAUAAUUGUGGAUGAUACAUAAAUAAUGAAAAAGGAGUUCUUUAUCACAGACGGAUGCUGUUGUCAGAAUACUGAACAGUAACUGAGAGAUUGAAGUUCCUUUGUUUCACCAAAUUAAUUUUCAACCGCAGCUUUGUGGAAGUUGUCCUUGGAAGACAGGUGAGAAGGGAAAACAGUGAGUUCCAGUUUAUUUGUACUGGACACGGACAGUUGAACCCAGUUCAUAACAUUUACUGGAUGGUUUUAUUUAAGCUAAAAUCCUUGACUGAAUGAAUAUUUAACCAGAGGAGGUUGACCUUAAAUGAAUGUGACAGCUGAGAUCUGUCAGAUGAUAAGUGGCCACGAUGAGGAGGGAGUUAAAUGUCUGUUUGUAGGUUAUUAUCAGAAACUACAUUUAACAAUUAGCUAUUAAUAUUCAGCUUUUUCCAAAUGUGUAGUGUAUAUGUAUUAUAUUUAAAAACAAAAGUAAAUAUUUUAUCAUAUUAAAUGUUGAGGGAUGGUGAAACAGAAUCUGUUUACAUAAAAGAACUGAAAUAAAACUAAAAUAAAUUUACUUGCAAAAAUAUUUAUUCCGUUUCUAACUUAAGUUUGUAAGUGCAGUUAAAAACACCAUCAGUACAUGUAUUUCAACAUUAGCAGCAUGAAUAUCCACUGUAGAAAAUUGUACAUUAUCAUUUCACCUUUAGUUACCAUCCAAAAAACAUGGAUUUACUGAGCUUUUAGAUCACAAGACUGUCUCACUGAAAAAAAAUAACAAUAACAACUUGUUCUACAGAUUCAUGGCAACACAUCUGUUUGUUCAGUGCAACCAAAAAUGAAGAUAAACGCAUUUCUUUACACACUGCCACAAAUAGGACCCCAUCACAGAAAACUGAUGGGGUCAUCAAUCUGAAAUGUGCAUUAAUGAAAUGUUUUGAUGUGUGACAUGUAUUUUUUUCCCAUUAAAUUAAAUGUAUCUUCCGCACAUUU